CCCGAUUUUAGAAGAAGAACUUCCUUGAAUGGCCUGACGCAAACGACGAAAUCACCCAAUGUGAAGCCGAAUAUGCCCGCCAACAGAAGAAGAUCCCGAGGGCAGAUCAGGAAAGAUCGCAAAUCCGUCGUCCUAUCCUUCGGUUUCUGUUGCAGGAUAGGGAGCGGCGGAACGGGUCGUGGUUGAGGGGCGGUGGUUGUUCUGACAAUGCUUGAUUGCCGCAAGUGGAGGCCGAGAAGUAAAUUGCAAUUCGCGUUCAUGGCAUCACUUGCUACUGCUCUGAUUCUCUCUGAUCGGGAGUUUUGAUAGUGAGAAGGCGCGAAUAGACAAAGGCGCUGGGAUUGAGUACGUCGUGUUUCGAGCUUGGACGGUAAAAUUUGUAUUGUGAAUUGUGCGGAUUAGGUGUUUUAGGGUUGGGGGAAAUCGUUGACUGUGUUGUGGAGCCGUAGUGUACCUGAUUGAAUGGGGGCAAGCUAUACCUCUGGUGUACAAUUGGAUGCUUUCAAAGCAUAUAACUGACGUGCGUUGAGUUGUAUUUGGUUGAUUCUGUUAAGCCCUUAGAUUACCGAGUUUGGAUCGAUGCUAUGCUUUCCUUAUAUAUGUUCGAUGCAAAUCUCAUUCUGCUGUUUCUACUCUGGGAAUAAAAUUUGUUGAGUGCUCACAGUGAUUGAACAUCGGCUAUUCAGCUUUAGUCCAGUUGAGUAAUGGACUGUAGUCCAAGGUCUCACAAAGCUGUUUACAAUCACACUCAUGCCGCGAUAUUGGUGGAGUAUGCAUCUGCCAUAAGUGUUCUUUAACAAAAAAUUCACAUUUGCCUAAAGCUUGUUGUUGUUACGCAUCAGGUUUCACCAUUUCAAUACGAUAAAAUUUUAAUUUAAAGCAAAGCUUUUAUUGCGGGUUUACAUGUCAGAUUUGACUGAACUUUUUAGCUAGACAUGUCCUAGAUGUGAUGGAAAGACCAUGGUAAUUUGACUACAUUCUUAUAUAGCAUUGUUGCUAAGGUUGCGUGAAUAAUGGAUCUCAGUACUCAAUAGCCAAUUCUUGAGAUGAGAUUUUGUGGGCAUAUGCUGCCUUGUCUUAUGAGCUUCUGAACUGGUUAUUAAUGCCUUCUUGAUAUGAAAGCUGGGGUUCGAAGUCAUUGAACUGAUAGUUGAUGUCCAGCACUGCUUACAGGUAUACAAUUCGUGUUACAGUGGCCUAUCAAUUUAGAUGCUUGUGAUGCCUCUAUGCUUGAAUUGUAUCUAAUUGUUUGUCUCUAUUUCUAAAUCCUACACCUGUAGGCAUAUGUUGGGGGUGGCCAAGGACCUUAAUGCUAUGAUUAUAGCUUUCAGAGGUACUCAAGAACAUAGGUAUGCAUGUUAACUUUAGCAAUUCUUCCCCUCACAAUUGACAUGCCAAGGAUUUGAUGAAAAUUUAAGCUAAGAAGAGCAGCCUCAGUGAAAGUGUACACAAGGCACAUGGGUCUGCUGUCCAUUCGAACGGAAAAAGGGUGAAUCAUUUCCACCAAGACAAGAAAGUUACUUUCUUGUAAUUUUAGAUGGAGUCGUGAGGAGAUCACAUACUUCACUAAUUUUAUUCUAUGAAAAAUUCUAUCACGUCUCUUUAUAAUUUGAGCUUUUCAGUUAGUGAUUACUUCUAUUUAUUGUCUAUGGCAUACGAAAUUGGGUUGAAGAUCUUUACUGGAAACAGCUUUACAUAAACUACCCUGGCAUGCCUGGUGCCAUGUUCCAAGGAUUUAUAUGGAGACAUCAACGUCAUGGUGACUGGGCAUUUUUUGGGAGGGGCUAUGGAAUCCUUUUGCGAACUUGAUCUUGUGGUCAAUCAUGAAGCACGGAAAGUUCAGCUUUUAACAUUUGGACAACCUCGUAUUGGCAAUUCAGCGUUUGCGUCUUACUACAGUGACCGUGUGCCAAAUACAAUACGUAUUACUAAUGGACAUGAUAUUGUGCCCCAUUUGCCUCUGUAUUAUUCUUGGUUCCCACGGAAGACUUACCAUCACUUCCCAAGAGAGGCAUGGCUGUAUAAUAUAGGAUUUGGUAGUCUGGUUUAUCAGGUCGAGAAAGUUUGUGAUAGCUCUGGAGAAGAUCCAUCAUGCAACAGGUAAUGAAGUUGCUUCAGUCGUAGCUACUUGGUCAAGCAAUUAGUUUGUGGAUUUGUCAUGCUAGAUGCAAUAAGUCAUGGGACAAACCAGCUUGUUCUAGAGAAUGUUGGUCCUUUGUUACCAGGAAUAUAUAUGGAUGACUAAUGAGAGU